AUGCAUAAACGGUCUACCACAUCGACCAAGAGCAAUCUUCGAAACUUAAAUAACUACGGACGUUUAGCACUACACCCGUCGUCUCUCCCAGCUCAACUACAAGAGAUGAUGAUUAAUAAAAUCAAGAACGAUCCAUCACUACAGCAACAAAUAUCAGAUAUUGUGAAAUCAAACGAUAACAAUAUCUCCAUUGCAGCUGAGUCGAUCGUCUCCCUGUUUACACCGGUGUUUCAAACAUUUAGUGACCGUCUUACCAGCAUUGAAGACAAAGUGGAUGACCUUGAAAGAUAUAAUCGAACCUGGUGUUUACGUUUUCACGGCUUUCAUGAAGAAAAAAAUGAAAAUAUCGUUGAAAAAAUUACUUCAUUUACAAAUAAACAACUUGAAUUAAAACUAUCCCCAGCAGCUAUUGAGAAUUGCCACCGCAUCGGUCCAUUCAAAAAUGGUCACAACCGUCCGAUCAUUGUACGUUAUUUUAGUCGGUCUACUCGUCAAGAAAUUCUUCGUUCAACAUAUCGAUUAAAACAAAAAAACUCCAAAAUUUUUAUUGUUGAAGAUUUAACAAAAAAAACAUUAGCUUUAUUCCAUUCAGCUCGUGACUCAGUUGAGCCAUCUAACAGGAAAAGAAUUGUUACCAGAAACGGUCAUGUGUAUUGUAAACAAGUCGAUAAUUCAUUGAGAAGAAUAACAGCGCAAGAUAUCGUACCCAAACACCAGCAGCAACCACCUAUAACUUCUGAAAUUAUUAGUGUAACACCAUCUACAAAUAAUAUUCAUGAUUCAGUUAUAAUGGCUAAUAAUUGUCAAGGAUCGCAACAACAAGAAGUGUCUAGUCAAGACUAA